AUGUCCCAGGUUUUCCUCCAAUAUUCUCCCGUCACCCUUCAGGUAUUUCAUCUUCUGGAGCUUCACCAUAAACCGAAGUACAGCACAGCAUUUUCAAAGAAUGGAGAUACAGAAAAGUGCACCAAAUGUCCAGAUGAUAAAUAUCCAAACGAGGACCGGAUCCACUGUAUCCCCAAAGUUAUAACCUUCCUGUCUUAUGAAGAAUGUCUGGGUAUUAUCCUGAUCUCUUUUACCCUGUUCUUGUUCCUAACCACAGGCCUUGUUUUAACCCUUUUCAUCAAAUACCGAGACACUCCCAUUGUCAAAGCCAACAACCAGGACCUCUCUUACAUCCUCCUGGUCUCCCUCCUGCUUUGCUUCUUGUCUUCUUUUCUCUUCAUUGGUCAACCAAGUAAAGCCACCUGCCUUCUCCAACAAACAAUUUUCAGCAUCAUUUUCUCAGUUGCAAUUUCUUCUCUUUUGGCCAAAACGAUCAUAGUAGUGCUGGUUUUCCUGGCCACAAAACCAGGAAACCGAGUGAAGAGGUGGUUGGGGAAGAGCUUGGCCAACUCCAUCAUCCUUUUUUGUUCUGCUGUCCAAAUUAUCAUCUGCUCCAUCUGGCUGGGAGUUUAUCCCCCAUUCCCUGACUCUGACCUCCACUCCCAGACUGGAGCGAUCAUCCUGCAAUGCAAUGAAAACUCUAUUGUCUUGUUCUACAUCACCCUUAGUUAUAUGGGCUUCUUAGCUACCAUCUGCUUCAUGGUGGCUUUCCUAGCCAGGAAUCUACCUGGAUCCUUCAAUGAAGCCAAGCUGAUCACCUUCAGUAUGCUGUUCUUCUGCAGUGUCUGGGUGAGUUUUGUGCCCACUUACCUGAGCACCAAAGGAAAAUACAUGGUAGUUGUUCAGAUCUUCUCCAUCUUGGCCUCCAGUGCUGGUCUUCUGGGCUGUAUCUUCAUCCCCAAGUGCUACAUAAUCAUUCUGAGGCCAGACCUAAAUAAAAAGGAGCAGCUUACGACCAGAAGAAAUGUAGAAAUGUGA